AUGGAGGAAGAAGAGGUCAUUGUACUGAAAUACAAAGCAAACAAGGAACAAAGCGAGUUAGAAGGAUGUGACCAGUCUUCUAUCAGCCUAGAAGUAAAAAGUAAAGCUCCAGAAACACGUUAUUUCCAUCCGAACCAUUGGAGCUAUGGCAGUAUCUUGCUAGCAUUGAUAUGUUUCACAGUAUUCAUUGGAUAUUACUGCAAUGAGAGUCCAGGAGGACUGGAGGACACUAUCAUCAAAGUAAUGGGUAUUGAUGCCACACAAUAUAACCUGCUCUUUCUUGUGACCACAUGGCCUAACAUAUUUGUAUCAGUAAUAGGAGGAGUGAUAGCUGAUAGGAUACUAGGACCGAGAUCAAGUUAUCUGAUCGUGAUGGUCAUUAUAACAUUUGGUCAAUUUUUUUGGUCUGUUGGUAGUUUUGUUAAUUAUUUUUGGAUUGCUUUGAUUGGUCGAUUUGUGAUUGGUGUUGGAGCAAUGAUUUCUGCCUCAAUUUCGAAAAUAUUUAUUUUCAAAUGGUGCGGGAAAAAGUACGCAACACUUGGUCUGUCUUUGAAUACCACAGCAGCAAGGCUGGGAGCAGCUGUUGGGCUAUCGCUACCUCAGUUUAUAUACAAUGAGUUUCAUUAUAUUAAUAACUCUUCAUACAGGCUUGGUGCUACUGUUAUGGCUGGUGUUGCUGGCAUGAUAAUUGGUUUGAUAGUUACAGUUGUCAUGAUAAUAAUGGAUAAAUUUAGAAGCAGUGAUCUCACAGCUAAAACCAGUAAAGUAAAAUGCAGUGAUGUGAAGCAGUUUUCACCCCGCUUCUGGAUUGCUGCAAUUAUAAUGAUGUAUUAUGCUCUUGUCUAUGAAUUCUCAGGCAUAGGGCAAGUGUUCUAUGCCCAGAAGUACGGCCUGUCAUUAAGAGCAGCAAGCCUAUCUAAUUCCUUAGUAUUCAGUGCAACCAUACUCCUGACACCAGUGAUGGGUUAUGUAGUAAAUGCUAUUGGGUAUCACUUACUAUGGACAAUAUUGGGUCUAGCUAUUGCAGUAAUUGCUCACCUCAUUCUACUGCUAAGUAAUCCAGGAUUGACUUACAUACCUUACGUUGCUAGUAUUAUUUAUUCUAUAUCUUACACUAUAUUUGGUCCUUCGUUUUGGCCUCUUGUUGGUUUUCUUGUCGAAAGUAAUCAAAUUGGAACGGCUUAUGGGAUUUAUUUUGGUUUUCAGAAUCUUUUCUGGGGUCUCCUGGCAAUUGUUUCUGGUGUCAUUAUUGAUAACAAUGGCUACUUUGUGUUAGAGAUAAUGUACUCGUUGCUGUCAUUUCUAGUGCUAAUGGCAUCAGUGUUAGUGUUAAUGAUUGAUUUGGUAUCAAAGAAAUCAGUCGGGAUUUUACCCGGAACUUGUACUGCAAAAAGAAAGGAAAAGAGGUCGCAAGAUAAAAUCCAAAACUAA